AUGGCUGCCCUGGCGAUUGCUGCCCUGGCGAUUGCUGCCCCGUGCAGGGCUCUCCUGCGGGCAGGCGCUGAGCAGAUGCUUCGAGGAGGAGUCUGGGACCUACUCCGUUCGCGAAGUGGAGCAGGCACCUCUGGCCUGGAGCGCGACUUCAGCCUCUCUCAGAGUCGGGGCACAGUUAUUGUGGAGCGCUGGUGGAAGGUGCCACUCGCCGGGGAGGGUAAGAAGCCGCGCCUGCACCGGAGACACCGCGUCUACAAGCUGGUGGAGGAUACGAAACACCGACCCAAAGAGAACCUGGAGCUCAUCCUCACACAGUCCGUGGAAGAACUUGGAGUUAGGGGCGACUUGGUCUCAGUAAAGAAAUCAGUGGGCCGGAAUAAACUCCUUCCUCAAGGACUAGCAGUAUAUGCAUCCCCUGAAAACAAGAAGCUUUUUGAGGAGGAGAAAUUGCUAAGGAAAGAAGGAAAAUUAGAGAGGAUCCAGACGAAGGCAGGUGAGGCGACAGUAAAAUUCUUGAGAAGCUGCCACUUGGAAGUAGGGAUGAAAAACAAUGUCAAAUGGGAGCUAAACCCUGAAAUAGUUGCUCGUCACUUCUUCAAGAACCUUGGUGUUGUGGUAGCUCCUCAUGCAAUAAAGUUACCAGAAGAGUCUAUCACCCGAUGGGGCGAGUACUGGUGUGAGGUGACGGUAAAUGGACUGGACACUAUAAGGGUACCUAUGUCUGUGGUGAACUUCGAGAGGCCCAAGACCAAAAGAUACAAGCACUGGUUAGCCAAGCAGGCGGGCGAAGGAGAUGGCCUCAAAAUGCCCCUAGACUUUGUGACACAAACCCUCCCUCCAAAGUAG